CCAAAUGCAUCCAUUUCUUCGAGUGGUUACCUGCUGAAAGUCAAAGCCAGCAUCCAUGCACUAGAGGGGACUUUGCAGGUAGGCGUGCCAGGGUCUAGCUCACUCACAGACAUAGGAAGAACUUCCAUGAUUUUGGGCUUCCUCUUUGUGAGGUAGCCAGACCGGUAGACAAGCAGUCUAGCAUGGCGGCAGUUCGCAGUUUACGGGUGUCCGUCAAACCAGAAAGCGCUUCGGAGUCUGAUGGAGACUCGGACUCGGACAGAGAUGCACGGGACGCUGAACCCAUGGAGGUAGAGGAAGGAGAAGAGCCUGUGGAAACCAUUCCUGUCCGCUGUUCUCUCAAGGAACUGUUGCCGGAUACCAGUCGCAAGUAUGAAAACAAGGCUGGCACUUUCAUCACUGGGAUUGAUGUUACUUCAAAGGAGGCUGUGGAGAAAAAGGAGAAGAGAGCACAGCGUUUCCACUUCCGAGCGGAGGAGAGCACUGCUCAGCGAAAUGUUGUCUUGGACAAAGAGAUGCUAAAGAAAGCCAUUGCAAAGGUUCGAUUGGAGGCUCUGUAUGUGUGUGGGGUAGACGACAUGAGCACCAAAGACAUCUUUGGAUUCUUCAAGGAGUACCCUCCAGCCCAUAUUGAAUGGAUUGACGACGCAUCUUGCAAUGUGGUGUGGCUGGAUGAUGUGACAUCCAGUCGCGUGCUGCUCAACAUGAGCUCCAUGCCAGACCCAGAGCAGACCACCAAGACGAGCCAGGACAAACGCAGCGACCCACAGGAGCAGAAAGUAGCUCGCCGUGGGUCAGACAAUGACGACAACGACGAAGACGACGAUGAUGAUGAGGAUGUGGAGGAAGGAGAAGUGGUCGACCCGGACUCUGAGAAAGGAGAGGACAGCAGUGACGAGAGCGAGGGCAAGGCCAGCGACCGAGAAGAGGAGGCGGAGAAGAAAACGGCGCCACAGAACAAAGAGGUAAAGGCAGAUGUGCUUUCUCAGGCAGAAAUCGAGUCUAUUUUACGCAACGACCUUCGUCCAGCAAGCAAAGGCUUUAAAGGAAACAAGCUGUUUCUAAGGUUUGCUACCCAAGAUGACAAGAAGGAGCUUGGUGCUGCCAGACGGAGCAGGUACUACAUGAAGUAUGGCAACCCCAACUACGGAGGCAUGAAAGGCAUUCUUAGCAACUCAUGGAAACGCAGGUUCCACAGCAAGAGGAUCCAGAGGGACAUCCUGAAGACAAAGAAACCCCUCAUAGGCGACAGCAUGGGCCACACUCCACCCUACACACACAGACACUCGGCUGACUUGGUGAACCUGCCAGAGGAGCCGAUUGAGGAGGAGGAAGAGGAGGAGGAGGAGGAAGAGGAUGAAGGAGAGGUGGACAUGGAUGCAGAUGACCGCGUGGUAGAGUAUGGCAUGGAUCGCGAGAGGAACCUGCGCAUCACUGGCCUGAGCACACGGGGCCUGAGCACGCGGGGCCGCAGCACGUCAGACAGGCCCUCUUCGCCACGCCACCACGACUCCAACUCAGACGCCUCGUCCGACUCGGACGAGAUGGACUACGACCUGGAGCUGAAGAUGAUCUCCACGCCCUCGCCCAAGAAGACCAUGAAGAUGACCAUGUACGCAGACGAGGUGGAGGAAAACCUCAAGAUAAUACGACAAUCCAGUUCGGGCAGUAGUAGUGGACGGAGCAGGGCGUGGAGCGGAGAACAGCGUGGAGCGGGAGCGGGGAACAGGACCAAACCUGCGGCAGAGAAGGUGACUGACGUACGGCAGCUGUUGGAGGAGAAGAGACAGCAGAGACCACAGAGUGCAGGAGCAGCAACAGCAGCAGCACCAGUCUCCAGUGGAAAGACGGACAUGAGACAGCGGCUGGGUAAGAGAAGACAUUCCCCAGAUCGACGGCGUUCUGUGUCGCCACCGCAGAGGAGCCUGUCCCCUCGCCGCGAGCCUCUGUCCGACGUGCACAGCCGACUGGGCGUGGCCAAACGCGACACCCGCAACCUGUACCUGGAGCCAGCCAAAGACAAGAAGAGCGGAGGCCUCUGGAGCAGACUGGGCCCGUCCCACGACGGAGACCGGCGAGCCGAUGGCGACAGGGGCGACAGGAGGAUGACAUCAUCGUCCGGGGGCUCGUCGUCGAGGGGCGUCGUCCACCGGCAACAGAGCCAUCGCCGGCGGGACUCGGACGACGACGGCGACGACAGGGAGGAAGAGGAGGAGGACGACUCGCGUCUGCAGAAGGUGUGGGGAGCCAUGAUCAAGCAGAAGGAGCUCCAGUCCAGUCGCAUGAAGAAGAGCCGGCUGGACAACCUGCCCUCGCUGCAGAUUGAGAUCAGCAGAGACAGCAGCAACGGCUCCGACAGUGACUCCUGACUCUCCUGUCCUUGAUUAUCUGUGUGUGUGCGUGUGUGUAUACAGCAGCAAUGGCUCAGACAGUGACUCCUGACUCUCCUGCCCUUGAUUAUCUCUCUGUGUGUAUAGAUGCAGUCGUCAACUCUGGGAAUGCCCAUGAAAUUGCUUGUUUUCCCCCACGUUGGCUAAUCAAUAUGCCAAAUGAUUGGCAGUGAUUGGACCGCACGAGCAUUCGGAGGGGAAAACAAUGCCGUUUAAUGGGCGGCCAGAGGAGCCGACUGGGUGAAUGAGUGAGUGAGUGCGUGUGUGUGUGUGUACAUGGUGCUCGCGUGUCUGUGUGUGUGUGACAUUUCACCCUCCAUCUCCAGAGGUGAUUGGGAUCGUGCUCUGAAAAGAUCGAAGAAAAGGACAAUGUAAUUUAUCCGAUUGCCAUUUUAACUGCCUGUACAGGUCGUGUUGCAUACCAUGGGACCCAGAGCUCAAUGUGUUUUUGGAUUAUGUUUUCUUUUGUCUUUUUGUGUCAUGAAGAGAGGAUACCGAAAUCAUAACCUGUAGGGGGAUCAAAGUGUGGUUAGCAGACUGACAUUGCUUUAAAUGUCAUCCCUCUGUUGACCUGUUACGUACUACUAUGACAUGUCUAAAUAUAUAUUUUUUGUAUUGCGAUCUUUUUCUCCCCCCUUGAUGCCCUCAUCUCUCCCUUGAUCAUGCUCUUAAAGAGCUUGUGUGACCCAUGAGUCUUUUCUGUGGCAUUGGUGCCAGGAAGCUCAGACAAGUGAAAAUAUUGUGAUGACUGUUUUUUGAUCUGGCUGUGUGUUCAGCAAUACAUAUGUUUCCUUAGAAUCAGAGUCUCACAUUACAUUGAGCCCUUGAUAUUGUUGCAUAUUGCGUCAAUUUCAGUGUUAAGUAAAAACAUGAAGCAAAACUCCACGUACAUGAUGGUAAUAAUUUAUCAUUAUGCCAGCGCUACUGCUCCAGUGCCACUUGGUGGGAGCUGCCAACUUGAACCUUUUUUUUUGUAUUCUUGCAGGCAGUUACUGACAUUGUGGUCUGGGGUGGGACUUAGAAUUUUAUUUUGAAACACAGCUAGAAUUUCAGUUGACCCCACCAGAAAUAUUACAGUGUGGUUUCUUGAAUGAUUUUUGUAUUAUUUCUCAAGUCCACUCCAACAAAACUGUUUUGCUGCUCAUAAAGAAUUCAAAAACAGA